AGCCGGCUCUGCGAUUGGUCACGUGCUGCAUAGCUCGCCACAUUUUUCUCACGUGAUAACAAAAUAGUCGGGACUAUAAGAGCAAUUUACCAUAAAAAUUCAGUCCAGCAAGCCAAAACCUGCAAUGUUCUGCGCGCGCGCAUGCGUUCAUUUUAUCUCUUGCUUCGCUUUCCCGAAACCCAAACACCCAAAUUCUUUCCCAGCGUUCUUCACCACCUCCAUCACUGUCUCCCUUCUAGUGCCAUACCGUUCGGCUUCGAUACCCAGCCCGAAUCAAACCCAAUUCCCGCCGAUUCAAAACAAGACCCGGCAAAAAUCCCAAAUCAACUAUCGAGUUGCACAAACUUACUGCAAUUGAAUCAGAUUCAUGCUCAUAUUAUCGCCACCGGAUUUCUGGGAUUGAACCCUUCGGCUUUUCACUGGAACAACAUAAUUCGAGCAUACACUAGGCUGGAUGCGCCCUUUAAGGCAUUUUGUGUCUUCGUUGCCAUGUCUAGGGCCGGGGUUAUCUCCGACUCUUACACCAUACCCAUUGUCUUAAAAGCUGCGUGCCAGGUUUUUUCUAUCAGCAUGGGAAGGCAAAUUCAGUCGGUUGCUACAAAGCUUGGCCUUGAGACUAACGAGUUCUGUGAGAGCGGUUUUAUUAAUUUGUACUGUAAGGCUGGAGAAUUUGGGAAUGCACGCAAGUUGUUUGACGUAAAUCCUGAGAGAAAGUUGGGUUCUUGGAAUGCUAUCAUAGCGGGCCUUUCUCAUGGGGGGUUUGUCGAAGAAGCGUUAUACAUGUUUAUGGAGCUGAGAAAAUGUGGGUUUGUUCCAGAUGAUGUGACCAUGGUUAGUGUGACGUCGGCUUGUGGGAGUUUAGGGGAUUUAGAGUUAGCCCUUCAGUUGCACAAGUAUGUUUUUCAAGCAAAAAGCAUGCAAAAGUCUGAUAUUUUGAUGCUGAACUCCCUCAUAGACAUGUAUGGGAAAUGUGGCCGGAUGGAUUUAGCUUAUAGAGUGUUCUCAAAGAUGAAUGCGAAGAAUGUAUCUUCUUGGACAUCCAUGAUUGUGGGCUAUGCAAUGCAUGGGCAUGUAAUUGAAGCACUUGAGUGCUUUCGUUGCAUGAGAGAGGCUGGAGUGAGGCCUAACCAUGUGACUUUUGUUGGAGUACUAAGUGCCUGCGUGCAUGGUGGGAGGGUGCAAGAUGGUAGGCAUUUCUUUGACAUGAUGAAGAAUGUUUAUAGGAUACAGCCCCAAUUGCAGCAUUAUGGGUGCAUGGCUGAUUUGCUUGGUCGUUCUGGGUUGUUUGAGGAGGCUAGAAAAAUGGUUGAGGAGAUGCCAUUGAAGCCAAAUGUGGUGAUAUGGGGGUGUUUGCUGGGCGCAUGUGAGAAACAUGGGAAUGUGAAGAUGGGGGAAUGGGUGGCCAAGCAUUUACUAGAAUUGGAACCUGGGAAUGAUGGGGUUUAUGUUGUUUUGUCCAACAUCUAUGCUACUAGAGGUUUGUGGGCAGAGGUUGAGGAAAUGAGAGGGUUCAUGAAGCAGAAUAAGCUCACCAAGACUCCUGGCUAUAGCUUGGCAACAAGUUCAGACUGAAAUCCAAUAGAUUUAAUUUGUUUAACCUGUAAUAAUAAUGGAUUCAUUUUGUUUAAUUUGUUCGAUUAAAUUUUGAAAUUUUAU